AUGGGGUUCCUUUCGAAACUCAAAUCCAAAGUGAAGGAGCAUGUUGGAAGCAGCUCAUCUGAUCAGGGACCCUCGGGAUACUAUGAUCACCACAAUCAAUACGGGACAGACUCUUCUUUGCCUCCAGCAUGGACUCCCGCCCCAGAAGUAUCGCACAAGUGGGGCAAAUGGAACGAAGCUCCUGACGAUGAAUACCAAGCAGGAGAAGACUUUUGCCUCGAAUACCCUCCGAACCCACCCCGUCUCUUGCCUUCGGCAGCAGUCGACUACAUCUCUUCUGUCGGAUGUAAAGCUUGGUCUAUCGAACAACCAGAGACAGCCAGAUUUUCUGGCACAAUCUCCAACCCAGGGGAUUUCAAAGGCAGUCUGGGUGUGGUGAAGAUCUCCACCAACGAGAACUGCAAGGACACCACCCUGCUGAGUACACUGCCCAUCAUGGCUGGACUGUACGAUGUCCAGGGAAAGUCAGGCGUUUACUACGAGGUGCUGAUAAAGCAGAUGGAUGGAGUGGUCGUUGUGGGCACCAGUUGUAGGCCCUACCCCGCGUGGCGCCUGCCUGGAUGGAACCGCCUCAGCGCUGGAUUGCACCUUGACGACCUUCGCAAGUUCUUCGAAGAUCCUGAUGGAGGCAGAGAUUACGUGACACCGGACCUCGUUUCUCAAGUUCGUCCUGGAGAUACGAUCGGCUGUGGCUACGAGUUCAGCACCGGAGGGUUAUUCUUCACAUACAACGGAAUUCGCCUUUCCAAUGCCUUCACAGGUAUCUACCUCCCAAGGCACGAGCAUGAUGUGUUUGCAGCAGUUGGUGUGGAAGGCCGUGCAGAACUCGAGGUCAACUUUGGGGGAGAUAUGUUCAGGUGGAAGGAGGGCAAUGAGUGGGCAUGGAGAGUUGAGGGGCAUGUUGGGAAGAUUGUGGGUUCCUCCAGAGAAUACGAUGCCGAACUCCCCGCCUACAGUCUUUGA